AUGGAUGACUUGCUCAUCACUGGAGAUGAUGCUGUUCUUAUAUCAGACACCAAAGCUACACUUCAUCAAAAUUUCAAAUCAAAGAUUUGGGGGAGCUCAAGGGCAAAACCUGUAGGGGCUCCUGUUGAGGUGAAUCAGAAGUUAACUACAACUGAAUUUGAUCAUCAAUUUGGACUUACCAAUGAUACUUUGCUUGCUGAUCCUGGAGCCUAUCAGAGAUUGAUUGGUAGGCUACUUUACCUCACUAUUACUAGGCCAGAUAUCUCCUUUGAUGUGCAAUGUUUGAGCCAAUUCAUGCAUGCUCCUAAGAUAUCACACCUCGAAGCUGCCUUAAGAGUGAUCAGAUAUUUGAAGAAGAAUCCUGGUCUAGGAAUCCUUAUGUCAUCUACUGGUUCUACCAAGUUGCAAGCUUAUUGUGAUGCUGAUUGGGCCUCUUGCCCAAAUACAAGGAAGUCAGUGACUGGUUAUAUGGUUACACUUGGUGAUUCUCUCAUCUCUUGGAAAUCCAAGAAGCAAAAUACUAUCUCUCGUAGUUCAGCUGAAGCAGAGUACAUGAGUUUGGCAUCAAUUGUGGCAGAGAUAGUGUGGUUAAUUGGUCUGUUCAAUCCACUCUAUUGUGACAGUAAAUCUGCCAUGCAAAUUGCUGCGAAUCCAGUUUUUCACGAAAGGACUAAACACAUUGAUAUUGAUUGCCAUUUCAUUUGUGAGAAGGUACAACAGGGAUUGGUUGAAACUGUGUAUCUGCCUUCUGCUGAGCAACCAGCAGAUCUAUUGACAAAGGGGUUAAGCUGCAUUCAGCAUGACCAUUUGUUAUCCAAGCUAGGCCUAACGAACAUUUUCCUUAGACCUAGCUUGAUGGGGGGUGUUGAGGAAUGUAUUGAUACGGGACAAGUACUUAGUGUUAGUUAG